CCAAAAACCUCAAGGUUAUAAAGACUGUUAAACAAAAGGAUUUAAGGAACACAUUCUCAUUCAUGCCAAACGAGGCCAUAGUGUACUCUGGACCCUACGAAGUCGAACGACUUCGCCGGCGCAGGGAUCGACGAGUGCAGGAGUACCUCUUCAGGCGCUCCAUUCGCACCCAUGUCGCGAUGCCCGACAUGACCCCGUGCCGCAUAGCCAAGCUGGUGCUGUACUUCAUCGUCUUCUUCGUGGUGCUCGCGGCUUUCACAGGCGGAAUGGCCCUGCUGGUGAUGGCUUACCACAUACCGCCUGAUAUGCCGGGCUGCAAAAAGUUCCCCGGACUUAGCUCGGUGCCUGGAAAGUGGAAAGGCGACGUGAAGCAUAUCUUGUGGGGCGAUGCGAACCAGAAGCAGUUGGGCGCUAUUCGACGACAGAUGUCCCGAGCGGUGGAACGCUAUGGCCUCGAGGGCCAGAGGCGCCUGAUGCCCUGCAACCUGGACGACUCCUGGGGCUAUGCCACCGGCAAGCCGUGCAUCCUGCUGAAGCUCACCCAGGCUCUGGGCUUCGAGGCGAUCACCUAUGAUCACGGCAUCGACCUGCCCGAUGACGCGCCGGAUGAGCUGUACAACUACCUGUCGGAUCUGGGCACGGAGGCUCGCACGAACCGCAUCUGGGUGCACUGCAGUUUCAAGAAGGAAGAGGGAUUGGACAUUCACAUCGAGUAUGUGCCAGAGCGCUUUUUCGACUCGGAACACUUGUUUACCGCGAGGAAUGUCUUUCUGAAUCGCUCGUCGGACGACGAGACCAGCACUUACGAAGAGGAUCCCAGCCUUAGGCGUAUCAUAGGGGUCCAGUUCGCGCACAUACCGUCCAACAGGGACAUCUAUAUUCGUUGCCAGGUGUGGGCCAAGAACAUCCCGUUCUACAUGGGCACCGUCAGGUUUCAUGUUCGUCGCACGGCGCCCGUUCACCCAACCACUCCCUUGGUCCUAGACGAGUGGUACGAAAAAAACCUCUAACAACAGUGUUUGAUUUCAUUUGAUAUAACGAAUUACCCGGAUGUCAAUAAACUGACUGUUAUAUAUGCAA